AUGCCGUACUUUGAGGCGGGCACAGAGUGCUUCAUUCGCGACUGGUGCAAGACAGUGGUGCACGUGCAAGUGCACGACAUGAAGGUGUUGCUGUACCAAUCUCUCAUUCAUGUUCCGCCAGGUGGACACGCCACUUCCGCAGAUGCUGCUGAGGGGGAGACAGGCACGCUCAAGAUUGUUGGCAGGAUCUGCAUUGAGCCGGAGCCGAGCCUCAGUGGCGGCUUCGACACAAAGAAGCUUGAGAUCUGCGUGGUAGACAAUUCGUACAAGGUGUUGUCAUUGGCCACAUGCAUCGAGAACAGGACCGUGCUCUGGAACCCGCCCGUGGAUAAGAUGUGGCUGCUAGUGUAUAACCGGUAUUUGAGUGCAGUCGUGUUUGAGAUCAGCUCAGGUGGCAUUGGGCCCAUCACUUCUGCAUCUGACUUCUUGGCAGUGUGCUGGUUCAAGAACGUCCCUGGCAACAACAAGACACAGAUUUGGAUUCCAAUCAUCAAGAGUCCGCAUCUGAAGCAGCUCAGGCAGAAUUACAGUGUGUUCCUUGUUUGGUGUUAG